GCCUUGAUUCAUGCUGUUUUGCUGAAUAAGAACAUCUAGUUCUAAAUGACCUGUCACAACAAGAAAUCACAGAUAAAAUAUACAUUAAAUUUUAGUAAUUUUAGUGUUUGGUAGAAAGAAAGUUAAACAAUUAAGCGGGUCUUGUAAGGACUGACUCUGACAAAAUAUCAUGAAAAUUAAGUAAGUAGCGACCACAUUAAUAUUGCUAAAACUUGAAAGGAGAAACAUUACUUUUUGUAAUUUGAUUACCAAACUAUACCCUAUCAGACAAAGUCCCCAAUAAAGAUAAGAAGCGACAACUAUAAUCCGUAGAGGAAAAAGAUACACACAGUUGUAUACAACCAGCAAAAAUAAUUAAUACUUAAUCACCACUUAAUCCAUAAACUAACACAACUAUAUAUAUUCCACAUAAUUAUAAAACCAAGCCCAUUUCUACGAACUUCCCUCUUUGACUCUGUCUUUCUCUCAUUCUUUUACUCUGGUUACAAUAAUGGGAAACACAUCUUCAUGCGCACCAUUGAUCAUAUCAUCACAUUCAUCAUCAGGAGUAGUCAAAAUCUUAUCUCCUUUCACCGGAACGCUAGAUGUCUUCUCAAAACCCAUCAAGACUUCCGAUAUCGUCUCUCAGAACUCCACUCACUUUAUCACCGACUCAACUUUGCUCCAAAUAGGACACCGAGUCACCGCCGUAUCUUCCCACGAGAUUUUGCGGCCUAGACGACAUCUCUACCUCCUCCUUCCGACAGACAUGCUAUUCUCUGUCUUAACACAAGAAGAGCUCGAUCUCAUCUCGGAAAAAUCAGCAGAGAUACUCAACGAAAGUCGGUAUAACCAUUUGAAGAGAAUGUUCCCUGUUUGUAUGUUUCCAGUGUCCGGAGAUAGAAGAAGAAACUCAACGUCGGUUAACGAAGAUGAUCAUCAUGAUCAUGCAGGUGUGGAAAUAAGAGAAACCCUAGAAGAAAAGGUAAUAUACGAAUCUAAAUAUGGAUCUUGGAGGCCUGGACUGGAGACGAUCGUGGAGAGCUAAAAUGAAUAAAAUCUUGAGGAUUGUUAAAUACUUUUAUAUAUUAUCAGUCGUAGACGAUUAUUUUUGGUUCUCUAUAUUUUGUGUCAGAGUUUUGUAAAGAAACGGAGGCUUCUAUAAGGUUUUGCUGUUCACGGUAUUGAGUUUUAGUUUAACUAUACAUUUUUCAAGUUAUAGAUAUUGGAAUGAACCAUGAGGUAUAGUUGUAUGCUUUUCGGUUACUUAGCAUGCAAGUAACUGAGUUCGACAGGAUAUUGUUUAUUAGCCGCUGAAGUAUUAAUCGGACAGCUAUAAUCAGUCUGUGUUUUGCAUCAUCGGGUAAAAAGGAAAAUGGUCAAUGAAGACGUUGGUUUCUGGUAAA